GGGUUUGCAGCUGUGUAUUUGUCCCUUUCCUCUUCAGUCAAUUCAGUCUCUUGGUUGUUUUGUCUUUUUGUGGAUUGGACUGUUUCAAAUGUGUUUGGUUGAUCUGGGUCAGUUGUGGAGUGUUGUGCGUCCCAGCAACAACACCUGAAUGUGGGGCGUAGCAUAUGAUGCUUUACAUUCACUCUUAAGAUGAGAAGAAUCAUUGACAUACUGGACCAGCCAGCUGACCACCUCCUCUGUGAUGGCAUGUUCACCAAGAAAUUCUUCAAGGUGGUCCAGCAGGGGGGGCACUAUAAAUGGCAGCUGAAGACUCCAGGUGAGUAUCAGCAGGAAACUGGCACUGUGGUGACACAGUAUGAGAACUCUGUCAGGUCCCUGGAUAAGCUGUUAACACUCUACCCAGUGACACAGGGCUCCACUGAGAUGGAGGAUCGCAGAGCAUUUGUGGACCUCCUGAAGUGUCUCCUGCAGGUGGACCCUGGACAGAGGAUCAGUCCUCUGCAGGCCCUGCAGCACCCGUUCAUCACCAAGGCCCACCUGGAGGAAGAGAUGGACACCAGCUAAUAUGUGGAAGACUCCUUAAAUGUUGGCCUGCCAGUGGAUGACUUGGUGCAGGAACCUUGACCAACACCUGAAAAUGAG